AAGAGUGUUAUUUUGUAAUCCAACAAGUAAUUCCAUGUUACCGUGUCCACACUUCCUGGAUGGAGAAUGUAGAUUCGAUGAUAAAUGCAGAUUUUCACAUGGAUACAUUGUCAAUGUUGAAGACAUCCAGCCUUUCCGAGAUCCCGACUACAGUUUACUGACCCUGGUCGUCGGUGUUUAGCUUUACAAGAUGAUGGUCUGUGGCAUCGAGCUAAAAUAGAAUCUGCCGAUAAUGAAGCACAUCUUUAUUGUGUUAAAAUAUUGAAUGAUACGGUUACCGUUCCAGUGGAUGUCCUAUUCCCAAUCGAAGCCACCGAUGAGAGUUCUGAUGAAGAAAACCCAGCAAACGAACAUGUUGAUGAUGAUGAUGAUUUACAUAUGGGUGACUUGGAGUGGAAAGCCACUGGUGCCACAAGAUCACUGGGUGACUGGGAAGCUCAUACAAAGGGGAUUGGUUCUAAACUAAUGGCAAAAAUGGGAUACAAAUUAGGUGAUGGCCUUGGAAAAACUAAUCAAGGCAGGCGGGAACCAGUGGAGGCUGUUGUUUUACCUCCAGGAAAGUCAUUAGAUAUUAUUGCCGAAUUGAAAAAGAAAAACAAGUUAGGAAUUUUCAAUAAAAUGAAGAAAAAGAAAAAUGUAAAAAGACUUGGCGGCCAUGUCAGUCAGAGGAAAUCAAGAAAUGUUUUUGAUUUUCUCAAUAAAAAACUUGGAGGUUCUGGAGGUGAUGAAAGAAUGAAAAUAACUAAAGAUAGAAAUAGACAUGAAGUAAAGUUCAGAAAUAAAAAGAAUCUCAAUAUUCAGCUUGUCCAGAUCCAUCAACAGAUGAGGGAGCUUGAAAGAGAAAUGUCAAAAUUAAAAGAAGCGAGAAUUAGGAAUGUAGGCACAGAUAAAACCAUGACAGCACAAAUUGAUGACAAAAUGGCAGCAGCACAGCAAAUGAUGACAUCACUGAAGCAGCAAGCAAAGAAAAUAGAAAGACAACAACACAGCAUGAAAGAACACAAAAAAUUAACAAUUUUUUAGUGGCCAUCAGUUGCCAACAUCAAAGGCAGAUUCAGUUUCCAGUCCUGGAUUCAUAUUCAGCUGCAACCUUGGAUUAAUACUGUGGAAUACUUUAUUUUCGCUGGAAUUAAUUUUCGCUGAAAAGGCUUUUUGGGCAUUUUGUAUGGAAUUUAUUUUCACUGAUUUUUGAUGAGUUUAAUGUAAAAUAUAGGAAAAAAAGUAUAUUCGCUGGAUUUUAUUUUCACGGAAGCAUCCCUUCAGCGAAAAUAAAUUCCAAGCGAUAAUAAAGUAUUCUACAGUAUUCAGUUUACAGUUGUGGAUUCUUAUUCAGUUUCCAGUAUUGGAUUCACCUUCAGUUACCAGCAUCAGCAUCAGCUUCAGAUUCAGUUUCUAGUCUUGUAUUCACCUUCAGUUACCAGCAUCAGCUUCAGAUUCAGUUUCUAGUCUUGUAUUCACAUUCAGUUUCCAGCAUCAGUUUCAGAUUCAGUUCCUAGCCUUGGAUUCACUGUCAUAUCAGAUUCAUA